GCUAAAUAUUCCUUCAUUGAUUCAUUCUUACAUCUUUAAUAGGUUACUUAGUAAGCUUUAUAUAUUGCUUAGGGUCCCGACAAACCUCUGGUAUAUUUUGUUCUCCUGAGUCCAGUCUGGUGCUGUGAGCUUGUUCCUCAGGAUGAGAUCGGCUGUUGUGUCUGUGAUCCUCACCUCCUGCCUUAUCUGGAGCACAAUGGGCAUCAGGGUUCGGGAUGGAGAGCUCAGCUUCACCCUGGAAUCUGUCAAGCUCUUGAAAGAACUAACGGAUGGUGGCGAUGCUGCAAGUCCACGACUACUGAAGAGUGACCCAGCCACUGCCUGUGCCGACCCAAGGCUGCCUGUGGAGUUUCAGUCCGUGUGUCUGGACAAGAGCCCAGGGGCAGUCUUUACCAGGCUGGUGAAUGUGCUGAGAGACCCCGACCUGUGUGAAAUAUGCGUCAAUGUCGCAUGCACUGGAUGCCUGUAACCUUUCCACUGCGUACCCACUUGGCUGUAAGGUCUUAAUAAGCUCGGCCAGGGAGCGUUAGGAGAUUGUGUUAAGCAAAAACAUGUAUCUAAGAGGUCUCACAUCUGUCUUCACUUGAAAUAUGGUGGGUGCAAAUUCAGGAUUUUGAACACUGAUCAUUCAAAUCAUUCUGAUUUGAUCUUAAAGUUUGAUUUUCAAAGAACUGUAUGUAUUUACAAUCAAAA